AUGGCGGCAUCGCUCUCCAAGCACCUCCGCCUCCGCCUGCGCGGCGGCGGCGAGCACUGCCUCCUCCCCUCCCGCGCCUCCACUUCCCACACCUCAUCACCAGCACCUCCCCCUCCAUCGCGUCCUCCCGCCGCGGCCGAGCCGCCGCCGCCGCCAGGGGCAGGCAAGGAGGCCAGCGCGUGGUCCAAACUCUUCCUCUUCGCUCCCGGCGCCAUCACCUUCGGCCUCGGCACAUGGCAGCUCUUCCGGAGGCAGGAGAAGAUAGAGAUGCUGGAUUACAGGACACGGAGGCUGGAGAUGGAUCCCAUGGCGUGGAACGAGGUCGCCUCAUCCACCGCCCUUCGUGAUCCGGCAGCACUGGAGUUCCGAAAAAUUGUGUGCGAGGGUGACUUCGACGAGGAGAAGUCGGUAUUCGUCGGGCCUCGCUCUCGGAGCAUCUCGGGUGUGACAGAGAAUGGGUAUUAUGUGAUCACUCCAUUGAUUCCUAGGUCGACUGAGUCUGGCAGCUUGCAGUCACCUAUCCUUGUGAAUAGAGGAUGGGUUCCUCGUGGAUGGCGUGAUAAAAACGUUAAGGAUCUCCAGAUCCUGGAUGAAGCUUCAGAGUCCCCAGAAGCUGUUAAAAAGCCAGACGAAAAAGGUUCAUGGUGGAAGUUUUGGUCUAACAGGCCUAAAUCGUCUCCUGAGAUUGAAAAACCUAGGAUACCACCUGUAAGAGUUAUUGGAGUAAUCCGAGGAAGUGAGAAGCCAAGCGUAUUUGUCCCAGCUAAUGAGCCCAGUAGUGGCCAGUGGUUUUAUGUGGAUGUUCCCAUGAUUGCUCGUGCUUGUGGACUUCCUGAGAAUACUGUUUAUAUAGAAGAUAUAAAUGAAGAUGUUUCUCCGACAAACCCUUAUCCUGUUCCAAAAGAUGUCAACACCUUGAUUCGUCACUCAGUGAUGCCAGAAGACCAUCUUAAAUACACGUUUACAUGGUACACUCUUUCUGCUGCUGUGACUUACAUGGCUUCCAAGCGGAUAAAGGCAAAGAAGCCAAAGAUGUCCGCGAUCAUGUUAUGUACCUGCAGUGGGGGCCAGUCCAAGUUUGAAGAUCUUCCUCGAUCACCAGAAUCUCUUGCAACACGUGACUUUUCAGAGAAUUGCUCAUCUUCCAAGAUUGCAAGUCGAGAAACAACUCCUGAUGAUAGCCAAGUAAAUGAAGUAGAAUCAGACCUAAAAGAAACCCUUUCCCUAAAUUAUGAGGAGGCCCGAGCAUUGUUAGGUAGACUGGAACAUCAGAGAGGGAACUUUGAUGCAGCAUUGCAAGUUCUUCAGGGGAUUGAUAUAAGAAGCCUGAGACCGCGAAUGACCAGUGCUAUUGCUGAAAGUAUCAAGCCUAGAACGCCCCCACGCUCUUCAAGAAGGAAAUCUUCACAAGGGAAUGGAAUGCUCGUGCAUAUGUCAAUGCAUUCUGUAAGCUUGCUUCUAGAGGCCAUACUGCUUAAAGCAAAAUCUCUGGACACCCUUGGUAGAGUAGCAGAUGCUGCAGAAGAAUGCAGAACCAUCAUAGACAUUAUAGAGUCUGCAUGGCCAUAUGAUGUUCCGGAUGGUACUGCUGAAGACUGUAAGCUAAUAGACAUAUUCCAUUCGGCUCUAGAAUAUCUUCCUAAACUGUGGAUGAGGAGUGGUUGUUUUGACGAAGCCGUCAUCGCAUAUCGCAGAGCUCUUGCAAAGCCAUGGAAUCUAGAUUCUCAAAGGUCCGCCAAAUUGCAAAAAGAUUUGGCAGUGACUCUGCUGUAUUGUGGUGUUGAAGUGACGUUCCCUCAAGAAUUUGCUCAGGAAAGGAGUCUGGUAACCCCUGGGAACAACUUAGAGGAAGCAAUUUUGUUGUUACUCAUGCUAACAAGAAAGCUAUCUCUCCGAGAAAUACAAUGGGAUCCUGACCUUGUGAAUCAUUUGAUGUAUGCACUCUCAUUAUCUGGGCACUAUGAAGUUUUGGCCAGCCAUCUUGAAAUGCUGUUGCCUGGAACCUAUACCAGAUCAGAGAGAUGGUAUAUCCUUGCACUUUGCUACAGUGCAGCUGGCAUGGAUGAUAGUGCGUUAAACAUCAUAAGGAAUGGUUUUUCUGUGCUGGAGAGAAAGGGAAAGCCUCAUGUUCCAUCUCUUCUUUUAGGAGCAAAACUAUGUUGUAAGAACCCAAAGCAUGCUUCUGAAGGGAUAAAGUUUGCAAAUAAAGCCAUGAAGUCUUUCAGAAGUCAUGAUCUGCAUUUCAUCAGCACUGCAAAACACUUUCUUGGUGUUUGUUAUGGACCUUUUUCUAGGUCGUCCACCUCACACUUGGAGAAAUCGAGAUUGGAAGAUAAUGCACUGAGGCUGCUGCAGGAUGCUGCCACAACAGCGAAGUAUAAUCCUGAAAUAAUGUAUAGCCUAGCUUGGGAAAAUGCGAUGCAGCGCAAACUCAAUGCAGCUGUUGAAAGUGCAACAGAAUGUCUUGAGAUGGUGAUGGGAGGUUCUGUUAGUGGCUGGAAGUUACUAAUUCUUGUAUUAUCUGCACAGCAGAAUUUGCAAGAAGCUGAAGCAGUAGCGGAUUUUGCAAUGGAUGAAGCUGAGAAAAAUGAUCAGUUGGAUAUUUUGAGACUGAAAGCACAAAUUCAGGCUUCCCGUGGACAGUUCAAGUCUGCAGUGGAAUCUUUUCGGGUUUUGCUUGCCACUAUCCAAGUAAAGAAGGAAGUCUGGAAAUCGACCACUUGUAAUGAGGUUAAAUGCCUACAGAAGUUGGAGAUGGACUCAUGGUUAGAUUUGGCAUCAAUCUACUCAAAGCUUGAGGCAUGGCAUGACUCAAACAUCUGCCUUGACAAAGCUAUAUCCAUUGAUUUCUUUCAUCCCAAGUGUUGGCAUGUCAGAGGUCUUCUGUUGGAGGCUCAAUUCUUGCACAAGGAAGCCCUGAUGGCGUUCUCUUUCGCCCUCUCAAUUGACCCAGAUUAUGUCCCGGCCAUGGUUUGUAUGGCAGGAAUUCUCCGAAAUAUUGGAGGGAAUUCACUAUCAAUUGCAAGAACUUACUUGCGCAAUGCCCUCCGUUUAGAGCCUACACACCACCGAGCCUGGUUGAUUCUUGGGCUUGUCCUAAAAGCUGAAGGAUCACUGCAGGAGGCUGCGGACUGCUUCAAGGCAGCAUAUGAGCUCAGAGAAUUGUCACCAAUUCAGGACUUCUCUGAGCAACUCCCGAUCAUGCUGCAUUAG